AUUGCCAAGUCUACGAACUUCGGAAAGAGCAACCUAAAAGGUUGUCGAUUCUACAAAGCGUAUCUUGUGCGGGCGGACUUUUCGGGAGCCGAUCUUCGUGGCGCCUCUUUGGAGGAUACUUCGAUGGACGAGGCUUUGCUGAAAGAUACGGUGGCUGUUGGUGCUUAUUUUUCUGCUAGUAUCAUGGAUACUUUGACGGUGGAAAACGCCGAUUUUACUGAUGCCCAGUUUCCCAUAAAAACCUUGCCGCUCCUUUGCGAGCGAUCUGAUGCCACAGGCACUAACCCUGUCACUGGUGUCGAUACGAGGGAAUCCCUUAUGUGCCCGUAA